AUGCCCAAAAGGAAGUGCGCGCCAUGCGACGCCCUUCCUACUCCGCCCAUACAAUUAGGUUCGCUCGACGCCGCUCUUGAUUUACUAGCGUGCGAUACAUUUACCAGGUUAGAGGGGUUAACGGCGAAGUUUGAAGCAUGUGCAAAGGUCAAAUUGGAGGAAGGUGUAGUAAAAGCGCGAUGGGAGGAAGCGGUGAAGAGAUACUGGGUUAUGAAAUCGAUGGAUGAGUUGUGCUGUACAGCUAAGAAGGCGGCUAUCAAGGAAGCAGAUGGGGAGAAGAUGGAGGAGGAUGGUGACUCACAGGCAGAUGGAGAAAAGAACGGUCGACCUCUACCCAGUCGACAUCACAUAGGUGCGAUAGCUACACAUUCGUUGAACGCCGAGGAAGAGAGGGAAUGGAGAAGAUGGAACCCUAAAUUAGGAGAUGUCGUCCUUGUGGAAACGGCUGAAGAUGGGUUCUGGCCGGGUAAAGUCAUCGAUAAGAAGAUCUUCUUUCAAGGUAGAACAGUACCCCGAGGUAAUCAUUUCUUCCCUGUCAGGAUAUAUAACGAGGAUAUGGAUCCCAUCAUCACGGUCAAAGCAAGACUAGUACCAUUAUCUCUUCGCCCGAACCCCCCUUUACUCGCUUCUCCGGCGUUACUUAGCGCAUAUCAUCACGCCGCUUCACCCGCCACUUUCGAUAUGCUAGCUGCAGCGAGAGAAUCCCUCGCGGCUCAUAACCGAACCCAUCCGGGCGUAGGAGAUGAGCCAGAUCGUGCUAGAAUCAAAGCAGAUAAAGAUGCAUGGAACAAGACGGUCAAUUGGGUCAUGAACGAACGAAGGAUCGAGAAGCUCAGGUCGGUCAGUGAAGAGCGAGAUAAGCAGUUGAAGAUGGUUAUGAAGAGUGAGGUUCUAGAGGGUAAAGGAGAAGGUCGCGAUAGACCAUGUGAUGGAGACGAGAUAUCGAACAUAUUCGGACCAAAGAAACGAAGAACCUUCGCGGCCGCGAUGGAGGAAAAUGGUAGUUCUUCCGGUACAGAAGGCGUCUCGUCUAGUAUAUUCGGUCCAAUCAGCGUCAACGGCAGUCCUUCCACACCUCAACGAACAGCUUCUCCUUCACUUGCUUCGAUCAUCCGACCAACCCUCUUGACUCCCCAACGACCGAACUCGCCUCGUCGAUCUUCUCGAGAAAAACGCCGAAAUGGUAUAUACAUCGGUAUGGGAGAAUCAAGUCCGCGAGGUCGUGGCGGUACAUACACCCCACCUAGGAUAUUACCUUCCGGCGAUGAAACUGCUGUUAGAAGCUCAGGAUCGCCUGUGCCCACUCUUCAACGGUUCGACUUUGUCAGUCCGUUGGGACCUGUCAAGCAGGGUAAACUGGCUAAUGGUGUGUCCGGCGAGAGUCAAGCUGUUCCGUCGAUGCUGGGCAAUACAGGUAGAAGUGGUAGUUUGGAAGUCGUCAGGGAAGAAGAAGGUGAGGAGGAUGGAUGGACGGUCGUGGAGAAAAAGGGAAGGAGGAGAGCCGGUUCGGAGCCUGCGGCUGAGAAGAAAGAGCUGAAAUCGGUUGACAAUAUUGUCAAUGGCUCAAUCAAAGAGGAUGAAAUGAUGGAAUCAUGA